AUGUGUAUGGAGUCUAUUGAGAAUGACCUGUUGAUUGGAAAUUUAGAUGUGAGAGUCUAUGAGCUUGAAAAGGAGAAUUCUCAAAAGAAUAAGCAGAAAUCAGAUCUUCAGGCCAAUCUUGACGGGUUGACAGCUCUUUAUUUUGAUAUUAGAGACAAAUUAAUUGGACAAAUUGGUGAUGAGUUUAAAACUUCAAGUUCUAAUGAUGGAAAAGUUUCAGAGACGUCUAAGAGAGUCAUGGUCUCUCCUGACCCAGAUGCUAACAUUGAUCAAUUUUUGUCCCCUGUCCCUAUCACAGCCGAAGAAAGAAGGGAGAAGAAGAGAAAAGUUGAUAAGCUGAAAAAGGAUAAGAGGCUUCUGAUGAAAAACUCUUAUUAA